AUGUGGCCUGCAGCAAGAGCAUAUAGGUCUGAGGUGUUCGACAAGCAUAUGUCUACAAUUAUUUGUAGUUGUCCUGGUAUAUAUGACUAUCUAAAAGAGAAUCACAACUUGCAUUGGAUGAGAUGUGCCUUCACUCCAGCAAUAAAGUGUGACUUUAUCACCAAUAAUCUAUCAGAAUUAGUCAAUAAUUGGAUCAGGGACAUCAAGGAUUUGCCUGUGGUAGACCUGGUUGACAAGCUGAGGGAGAUGAUAAUGACAUUAUGGCAUAGGAGAAGAAGGAUUUCAGAGAGGUUGCAAGGAAGGAUACUACCAGCAAUCAAAUUGCAGUUGCAUGCAAGAACUAGAGGAUUAGGCCACCUAAAGGUUGUCAAAUCAAAUGACUGGAGUGCAGAGGUUAAAGACUAUAAUAGCAAUGAGAGACAUGUUGUUAAGACUGCAACACAUGAGUGCACUUGUUUUGAAUGGCAACACACAGGUAAGCCAUGUGACCAUUGUCUGUGUCUUAUAACAACAAAGAGAAACCUACAGAUUGAAGACUUUGUUGACGAUUACUACUCGUUGGAUAAGUUUAAGGCUGCUUACAGAGGUCUCAUACAACCCAUGCCAGAUAAGUCACAAUGGCCUAAGAUUGACCUUGGUUUUAUCUUAGGAGCUCCACUUGGGAAGAGGUCGGUUGGAAGGCAAAGAAAAUUAAGGAUUAAAAGUUGUCUGGAAGGUAGUGGUAGUGGAAAGAAAAAGAAACCAAUGAUAAGAGGGCCUGUGACUUGCCAAAGAUGUGGUGAAAAGGGACAUAGACAGGCUAGCUACAAAUGCCCACUAAAUGGAACAAAAAAAGGUAUUCUAACACUUGUUGUUCAUACGCUAUGCUAUUCAUGUUUUUCUUUAGUUCUCAUCAAUGAUCAUAUUUAUGGCAGACCACCACGAAAGCCAAGGAAGAACAGUACCAAAGCAUGCCAAACUGAACCUUCAACGCCACAGCGGUGUAUCACUUCAGAUAAUAUUAUAUAUGAUAGUCCUGGAAUGCUCACAAGAAGGCGACUUGCAAUGUUACGUGGAGAGGGAACUUCUAGUCAAAAUGAUGAUGUUGGAUCCGCAACUCCUUCUCGUGGCACUAUCAUCAGUUCAUCUCCAAUUACAAAGACAACAACAAAAAAGAUGACACCAAAGAGAAAGAGAAGCUAGCUUUUAUAUACAGAUAGUUACCAUAGACUAGUUAUUUCUUCAUUUUCCAAAAUUUUAAUCCAUGAGGGAUUGUGAUGCUGUUUGCAGAAUGUUGUUCCAACUGGAAACAAUGCAAUGCUUUGUUUUCUGGUCAAAUAAACAGUUCAUUACUGAAACCUGAUAUUGAUGUUUUCUUCAUCUUUUGUCUAUAUACUAGGUUUGUCAGGUCUA